AGUGUCUCCGAUAGGAUGGCUUUAUUCAAGUUAUUGUGCACAAAGAAGCUCUUUAGAUGCACGUUAACACUUCCAUCUGCGUUUUACAGUAGUGAAGCAGUUACGACAUCAACAAGACUUAAAUUUGUCCCAGUAAGCGAUCCGGCAGAGGAACGACAAGUAAAACAGUUAACAGACUUUGUAAAUAAUUCUCAGUCAUUGUUUAUUUUGAGUGGAGCUGGCAUUUCAACCGAAUCGGGAAUACCGGACUAUAGAUCAGAAGGCGUCGGACUCUAUGCACGAAGUGAUCAGAGACCCAUACAGUACUCAGAUUUUCUUAGAUAUCCAAGUCGUCGUGUAAAAUAUUGGGCUAGGAACUAUGUUGGUUGGCCGCUGUUUAGUUCUGUCCAACCCAACCUGACUCAUAAAAUAUGCGCCGAUUGGGAAGAAGCAGGCAAGGUACAUUGGCUCGUCACACAAAAUGUUGAUGCAUUACAUACAAAGGCAGGGAGUAAGAAUAUAACAGAGUUACAUGGCUGUUCGCACAGAGUAGUCUGUCUGUCCUGUCAAAGUAUCACCCCUAGGAAGGAGUUACAAAAAAUAAUUUCUGAACUGAAUCCGCGGUUUAAAGUAGAGUCACUAAAUAUAUCACCUGAUGGCGAUGUUCUCUUGAGUGAUGAGGAGAUAAAAGGUUUCCAAGUGCCCGAAUGUACAAACUGUGGAGGUAUUCUGAAACCGGAUGUAGUAUUUUUUGGUGACAAUGUUCCAAGACCUAUCGUGCAUUUCGUGUUUAAGAAGCUGAGUGAAUGUGAUUCUGUACUGGUGAUUGGGUCAUCUCUUUUUGUUUAUUCAGGGUAUAGAUUUAUACUUGCAGCAUCCGAACAAAAGAAACCUGUGGCUGUGUUAAAUAUUGGAGAAACUCGAGCUGAUCAUCUAGCAGACCUGAAAAUAAAUGCUAAAGUCAGUGAUGUUUUGCAACAAGUGAAACUAAGAUGAAAAUGUGUUGCUUCUUUUUAAAUGUCUUCCUCUCGUAUUUAUUUUGAUAAUAUAUCCACUUUGACAAGUCGAUGAAGAAUUUCCCCCUGUUUUCCCCCAAAAGAACUCGCCAUCUUCUUACUUCAAGCUUUUUUAUAGUAAUUGUCCACAGGUUUGUUGAUUAUGAAAUUAUUCCCAAUAAUAAAUAGAACAUUUCACUCACUUCGGCCAAAAAAAUGAGAGUUUUUAAUCAUUUUGUUUUUCCAAAAUUAAUACACAGAUUAUGACAUUCAAAUCCUAAAAAAAUACUGGUAUUUGUAUAUGUUUAUUUUAC